GUUGAGACGGCUCGGAUGAUGUUCAUCGAGCGAGGCGACUCCUUCGUCCAGGAGAUCAACAACCAAACCAUUGUCGCUUCGACCCUGACACUCGAUGUCCUCAUUCCGCAGUUUGUUCUUAUUGGUACGGCCGAUGUCUUCAUAUACAUCACAAGUUUGGAAUUCGCUUUCAGGCAAGCUCCCUGCACCAUGCAGGCAAUCGCCACCGGCAUUUUCUUCUUCUACGCAACCAUUGGGCGUAUCGUGGCCGCACUUAUCGUUCCUCUUAUAAACAACAUCACGGCAGCUGACCCAUGGUAUCCACAAGAGAUCAACGAUGGACAUCUCAACUACUAUUUCCUCGUCUUGACCGCCAUAAGCUUGACCAAUCUGAUCACCUACAGCUUGAUGGUGAAAGGUUACGAAGAGGUGGAUCAAUACCUGUGUCCCGACGAGGAAACCUUCGGCGGUGGAGAAACCCCCAGCGGUUCCUCAACUCCUGCAACUGUGACGGCAGGCACACCAACCUCGCCGAAUCCUCCAGAGGCACAUCUUCAACAGGUGGCAUCUAUCGCGUCCUAAGACUAAUUGUGGUCCACGACUGGAUGCACCAGCUACAAUUGAUCCGCCAUCAAUAUCCUACUGAUAGGAAGGGCUGGAUUAAUACUUGUGUCCCAACGAAGAAACCUAUUGCGGUGGAGACAACACUAGCAGUUCUUUAACUCUUAUCCCCAUUGUGCCAAGCCCAUAUCCCCCCGUGCCAGGUUUUUUUGGAGAUAAUCUGAUUAACGCGAUGGUUCUACGAAUAGCGCGUGCAAAACACACAGUCCAAUAGCAUGAACAAUAACUGCUAUUACGAAUGCUUGCUUGCACGCACAUGGCAGUGAAUCAAUGGUUAGCUCGCAGGUACAAAGCACUAUAAUGGUAGCGUGCAUGCAGCCUCAUGGCAUGCUAUGAGUUAACCACUGCAACAUUGAUAUCGGACAGACCCGACCCGUCGCGUCCACCAGAGGCACUUUCACAUCUACUAUGUCCUCCGUUUAACUGAAGAGACGCCAUGGCUCAUUGUGGUAGGACAGUGUAUCGUCAUGUAACCGGGAGGCACUGGUUUCGAAAGCAAAUCGAUGCGCUAGAACUGUUGGUUAAGCAUUAAUCCUCAUUAAAGUCUCUUGGAAAGAGCUUACAGCCGUUGGUCCCUUGGUUGCUUACUAUACACAUACACAUUAGCAGUCAGGUAAAACUAACCACUAAAAUUAAUAGUGGUCCUUAACACACAUCAUACAGCGACAAUUGCUCCGUGCUUAACUUCCUACACUAAUCAUGCUAACUGAAAUUCUGAUUUUAACCCUAAACUAUUCAAUAUGCCCAACAUACAUCCGGGUGCGUAUCAGGACAAUUAAACCGUGGACAAUCACCCCCCGGAAAAUAACCCACUAGAACCCCCCCCCCCCUCCGAAAAAUUGCCUAAGGAUUUACACCCCUCCUCCCAUGGAAAACUACCCCCCCCCCCCCCGUGGACGAUUACUCCCCCUAACCAGAGGGACAAUUACCCCGCUCUACAAUUUAUCCCCGUAGGACAAAUACGCUCCAAGGACAAACACCCUCGUGGACAAAUACAGCCCCCCCCCCCCAGGGAAAUCCAUCCUGAUAAUAAUUUUUUUUUAAUGAAAGCAAGACAAAUUCGAGUGGGGGUUGUCCAAGAAGAUAAUUAUCCUCAGGGGGGGGGGUAAUUUUUCUAGGGGUAUUUUUCCGGAGGGUUAUUGUCCUCGAGGGGGAGGAGGGGUGAUUUUCCGGGGGGAUGGUAAUUGUCCUUUGGGGGUAAUUGUCACGCUGGUAAUUUGCAGGGGGUGCUUGCCCAGGGGAUAAUUGUCCUAAGAUCCUUACGGUGUUGAAUGUUUUAUGCAAAGUUAAAUCGCACUAUGAAGGGACGCAUGUUCAAUGUGCAUACUGUCCUCAAUGAAACUAAUUUUUAAACAAGAACUUGGUAAAUUGACUACCGUAAUAGUAUUGUUUUAAGACUAUGCUAUGAAAUAUAUGAUUAUAGUUAUAGUAUAGUUAUUAUGUAUAUGAAGUAUACCUCUGAAAUGUAUGAUGUUUUGAAUGACUGUAAUAUUUGGGGAGUAUUUCAUAAAACCUAAAUUUUAUUUUAAAAUCGAUUCGAUCAAUUUUUCAAUAUGUAAGAUAUGAAAUCGAUUUUAGUUCAAUUCUCCCCAUUGUUUCUUAUUCUUUCUUUUUUUCAUUAUUGAACAAGAAUAUCUUACAGAUCCUCAUGUUCAUUAAUAUUUGUGCGAUAUUCUAAAUCAGACCUAAAGGUUCAAUAAAUGUGCAUAUCCAAGCAUGACUAUUCCAAAUUCGAUCUGAAUUAUAUUUGAUUGUGAUUAAUUUUCCUUUAAUUUUGAUGUAUAUUUUAUCGACGGUUUAUAUGAAACUUUUGAAAAAUAAAGAGUGUCCACUUUAA